CUCUCGGUACACGCUUUUCCAACUUCAGUUGGUGUGUGUCGAAGAAUCCUGACCAACUACGACCUGAGGAGACCAGCCAACGGAGAAGGUCCACCGAGCCUCGCCGAGGUCCACUGCGAGGGCUGCGGUCCGGAGCUUUCUCCGGACCGCGGUCGCCCAGUGGACCCGUCUCCUGGCCAGGUGUGAGACCCCGGUCAUUCCUCCAGUCCUCGCAGAGGAGUCCUCGUGUGGUGAGUAUGCGGAAUAGGCGGGUCUUGAAAACCAAGAAAAGACGCCGACCUCGAGGGGCCCAGAAUCCUGGGCUGCCUCCCCAGAGGAGUGAAGCCACACCUGGGAGGUCCCCUCCCACCACCACCAUGGCUGCUGCGGGUGGUUCCGACUGCCCGCCGCCGCCGCCACCUCCUCCUCCUAACAACAACAACAACAACAACAGGCCCCAGGGCAGCAACAGCAACAGCAGACCUGAUGAGCUGUCGGAUGAACUCUCAGAUGACAACUUCGGGAUUCUGCUGGGCCAGCAGGGUGAGUUGAACAACAACCUGCAGCAUCAGAUGCAGUUGCUCUCACUAGAGAACGACUUCCUCCGGGAACACAUGGAAGAUGAAAUUGAACCAGAACCUGAACAAAUUCAGAUCCCUGCCCCUGAGGACAGUGACGAUGACCUCGAGCUCCAGGGUGCUGCAGCGGCUGCUGCUCCAAUCAUUUUCUUCGAGGAAGACUGCUCUGAUGACUUUCCUGAGAAGUUUGAUGGCAACCCGGACACUCUGAGUACUUUCAUGUCUCAGUGCCAGAUCUUUAUGGAGAGGAGCGCCAGAGACUUCUCAGCUGAUCGUGUUCGUGUAUGCUUCGUGACAAGCAUGCUGACCGGCCGUGCCGCCCGCUGGGCUUCUGACAAGCUGGAACGAUCCAGUUACCUGAUGCAUAACUACCCUGCCUUUAUGAUGGAGAUGAAGCACGUCUUUGAAGACCCUCAGAGGCGUGAAGCUGCCAAACGCAAGAUCAGACGUCUGCGCCAGGGCCUGGGAUCUGUCGUGGACUAUUCCAAUGCAUUCCAGAUGAUUGCCCAGGACCUGGAUUGGAACGAGCCUGCUCUCAUUGAUCAGUACCAUGAAGGCCUCAGCGACCACAUGCAGGAGGCGCUGUCUCACGAAGAGCUCCCCAAGACUCUGUCUGCUCUGAUCAACCAGUGCAUUCUCAUCGAGAGAAGGAUGACUCGUGCUGCUACUGCUGCUGCCGCUGCUACAAACAAGCCUUCCCCACCGAGGGCCCUGGUGAUGCCUCAGAACCACCAGGCUGAUCCUACUGAGCCCGUGGGAGGUGCCCGCAUGCGCCUGACCCAGGAAGAAAAAGAAAGACGCCGCAAACUGAACUUAUGUCUAUACUGCGGCAACGGAGGCCAUUACGCCGACAACUGUCCAGCGAAGGCCUCCAAAAAUUCGCCGCCGGAACUCCCCGGCCCCGCUGUAGAGGGACCUUCAGCGACAGGGCCGGAAAGAAUAAGGUCCCCACCCCCCGAGGCAACGACUCAGCACCUUCAAGUGAUGCUCCAGAUCCAUAUCCCGGGCCGACACACCCUGUUCGUCCGAGCUAUGAUUGACUCUGGUGCAUCUGGCAACUUCAUUGAUCAAGACUAUGUCAUUCAAAACAGAAUUCCUCUAAGGGUGAAAGACUGGCCAAUCAUGGUGGAAGCUAUAGAUGGGCAUCCUAUUGCCUCGGGCCCAAUCAUUCUAGAGACUCACCACCUGAUUGUUGACCUAGGAGAUCACCGGGAAUUACUGUCUUUUGAUGUGACUCAGUCUCCCUUCUUUCCUAUUGUCCUAGGAGUUCGAUGGCUAAGCACCCAUGAUCCCCACAUCACCUGGAGCACUCGCUCUAUUGUCUUCAACUCUGAUUACUGCCGCUUUCGCUGUCGAGUGUUUUCCCAGAUACCUCCUGCUCUACUAUUACCAAUGCCUCAGCAGCUGCCUCCACAGAUGCAUCCACAGAUGCAUCCACAGCUGCUGGCGCAGCUGCAUCCGCAUUUGCAUCCACAGAUGCCUCCACAUAUGCAUCCGCAUCUGCAUCCACACAUGCAUCCGCACAUGCAUCCGCAUCUGCAUCCACACCUGCCUCCGCAUAUGUAUCCGCCGAUGCACCCACAGAUGCAUCCAUAUAUGUAUCUACAGAUGGAUCCACAGAUGCGUAGACAGAUGCAUGAACAGCUGCACGAGCAUCUGCAUCACCUACAUGACCAUCUUCAACAGCUACAUGAGCAGCUGGAUGAGCAAAUGCUGGUGCAUCGGGAUCCACAUGACCCUCAGGAUCCAUUUGACCAUCAGGAUCCACAUGACCCUCCAGGUCCAGAUGACCCUCCAGGUCCAGAUGACUAUCCAGGUCCGCCUCCAUAUCCGUACCCACAUGGCCCUCCAGAUCCACAUCCGCCUCCAGAUCAGCAUCAGCAUCCGCAUCCAGAUCCACAUAUGCAUCCGCAUAUGCACCCACAUAUGCAUCCCCAUAUGCAUCCGCAUAUGGCUCCUCAUAUGCAUAUGCACCCCCAUAUGCAUCCACAUAUGCACCCACAUCUGGAUCCACGUCUGCAGCAUCAUCUGUAUCAGCACCUGUAUCAGCAGAUGGAUCCGCAUCUGCAGCAGCAGCUGUAUCAGCAACUGGAUCCACAUGCGCAGCAGCUGCUGCAACAGUAUCUGCAGCAGCAUCCACAGCAGCAUCCACAGCAGCAUCUACAUCCACAAUUCUUCUACCAGAUGGAUGGCUACAGAGUUUUCUACCCUGUGAGGUAUUGCUAUAUUCAGAAUGUGUAUACGCCUGUGGAUGAGCAUGUUUACCCGGGUAACCGGCUGGUUGACCCUCACAUAGAGACAAUUCCUGGAGCGCACAGCCUUCCCAGUGGACAUUUGUACUCACUGCCUGAAUCUGAAAUGGAUGCCCUGCGAAAUUUCGUGGACAGAAGUGUGAAAGAUGGACUCAUGACUCCUACUGUUGCCUCCAAUGGGGCCCAAGUUAUGCAAGUGAAAAGAGGGUGGAAGCUCCAGGUCACCUACAAUUCUCGUGCUCCACAGAGCCGUCCCAUCCAAAAUCAGUACCUUCGCCUGUCUCUUCCAAACAUGGGAGACCAAGCUCACCUGGCAAGCUAUGCGGAAUUGGUUCCUCAAGUUCCUGGAUACCACCCAGUCCCUAUCUACGCCACCUUCGGAGGUCAUCAAGUGAUGUUUGCAUGGUACCCAGUGGGACAAGAUGGACAAGGAAGAACGAUCUUCAUACCUGUUGUGGUCACGUGGUGUCCAAAUUUGUACCGCCAGCCUCCGGGACCCCAGUACCCUCCUCCGCAGCCACCACCUCCACCACCGCCACCGCCACCGCCACCACCGCCACCUCCACCACCUCCAUCCUACAGUAGUACCUUGUAAAUACCUGUUGUGUCCUUCAGAGACUCUGCCCUCAACUUAAUCCUGUGCAGCUUCUCAAUCAAUGACUGUGUGCUACUGGAACUUCAGGCCACCUAAGGCACAAAGGCACACAGGGCUGAAGUCUGUUUUCCAUCUUGACUGCCAAUUAGUAAGUGGACAAGGCCUGGGUUUUCCUGUUAAAACCUCUCACCAUCUCAAUCACAGGCUGCCAAGUGUCUACAGAGAAGCUGAUGGAACACAGGUCAUCCUGAUUCCUUAUAGAGGGAGAGAAGAGGAAGAGGAGGACACGACCUGCCUGUACUCUCUUUACAUCACUGGAGGACGGGCGCCUUAUGAAGGAAGCCACACUCUUUGGUGCAGUAUGGAAAGGCUUCCGUGAUCCUCUUGCUGCACCCUAUGAAACUUCACCAUCUUCAAACUCCAUUUUCAUGGUUCCGUUAAUUUUCAAGGAGCAGCAACUGGACUGGUUCUCUGCAACACGAAACACCUCAGCUUGAAAAGGAAGUGCUCUCUCUCUCAGAUAGACUUGUGAGUGUGCCUUCGAAUUCUGGUGCAAAUCACACGUACCCAAGGACUCCGGCUUUGACACAUCUUAACCAUCAUCAUGCCCUGCCAGUAAUGGUUUGUUUCCUUAAAAGUGUUUAACCUGGGGACCAGAGGCUUCUGGUGGCUCCAGGUAUGUUAGGGGUGUUUUUUAGAACGUUGUAACCACCUCUCAAUCAUGUAAGAGGGCUAAAGAGUAGCACAUCAAAAGGACUUCUAAAUCUGGUACCCAAACUCUUACAAGAGGCUUGAGUUAGUCACCAACUUGUUAGGAUCUUCAGCAAGAACUUGAGCGUUGCUUAAUUGGCUGGAGAAACACCAGCAGAGUUUUGCAAUCACCUACCCAUGUGUCUGCCUUCAUAUGCAUCUGGGCAUCCCUUUACCCAUCCUCUCAGUGACCUGGACUAUGAGGAUGUUUAUAGAGGGGAAAUGAUUUUGCACCCAGAUCCACACUCCUGUCAUGGAAGAUAUAUUUGAAGAAGAGGACUUAAGA